UCACACAAUUAAGCCACAGUUUUUCCUAUCAUUUUGCUCUGCUCCACUGCUCUACUACUGUGUCUUACUCUUGCGUGAAUUGAGAAGAAACCAGAAAAUGGAAAGAACUUUAAUGCAACCCUUAAUCGCCGUCCUAAUCUCAUCGUUAAUCGCCAUUAGAGCUUAUCGGAGAAAAUCUCUCGACCUCUCCGGCGCAAUCUCCGGCUUUAUCGUCAUGUCCAUCCAUAUCGCCGUCGGAUACAGAUACGGAGCAUUGAUACUCGUGUUCUUCUUCACUUCGUCGAAGCUGACAAAGGUUGGGGAAGAGAAAAAGCGUCGCGUUGACGCCGAUUUCAAGGAAGGUGGACAAAGAAAUUGGGUACAAGUUCUUUCGAAUAGUGGCAUUGCAACGAUUUUUGUGUUGAUUAUAUGGAGAUUAACGGAAUGGGAAGAAAAGUGCCUGGAUUCGAAGAAUUCGGUUCUGAUUACGGCGCUGAUUGGUGGGGUUAUCGGUCACUAUGCGUGUUGCAAUGGAGAUACCUGGUCUUCUGAGCUUGGGGUGCUUAGUGAUGCUCAACCUCGAUUGAUCACAACCUUUAAGCCUGUUCGGAAGGGUACGAAUGGAGGCGUUACAAAAACUGGACUCCUAGCUGCUGCAGCUGCAGGAAGUGUCAUCGGGCUGACAUUUGUGGUCCUUGGAUUUCUCACUGCAAAAUGCACGUAUGAUGCAGCUUUGAAGCAGCUAUUGGUAGUACCUCUUUCCACUAUAGCUGGACUAUUAGGUAGCAUGAUUGAUUCUCUUUUGGGAGCUACCCUGCAAUUCAGUGGAUUCUGCACUGUUCGUAAUAAGGUUGUUGGAAAACCAGGACCAACGGUCAAGAAGAUUUCAGGUCUAAACUUUCUUGACAAUAACUUGGUGAACGCGGUGUCUAUACUGCUGACCAUAAUUUUGACUUCCAUUGCUUGCGUGUACAUUUUCUGAGAUUGACCAAUUCAGAUGAAUGGCAAUGUGGUAACGAGUUCAAAUGGUUCUGAA